UUCAACGACUUAGAUCAUAUGCCCAACUUGAACGGAAAGUCAGAUCUACGAGGGACACCGAGCAUUGUCGGAAUGAAGCAAUGGCUGCAACAGCUCGGACAUUCGGUACGGCUAAACCCCUGCUUUCUCUUCAAUUGCUUAGGACACAGGAUGGGGACAUUGAUGGACUCAACAUUAUUCACAUCGCAGGUACAAAAGGCAAAGGCAGCACGUGUGCAUUUGUGGACUCUUUUCUUCGUGCAUAUGGUGAAAGAGCUGGAUUUCCGUCCAAGACUGGUCUCUACACUUCACCACAUCUAAUAUAUCCAGAAGAGCGGAUCAGAAUCAAUUCGAAGCCACUCGAGCGAAGUGUUUUUGCCAAAUACUUCUUCGAGGUGUUUGAAACGUUAUCGCAACGUGAUCCAGCAGUUUUCGAGACCAAGCCUCGCUUUCUUCAGCUAUUCUUGCUAGUAGCCUUUCACACCUUUAUCCGAGAAGGUGUUGAUGCAGCUAUUUUCGAGACCCACCACGGAGGGGAAUACGAUGCCACGAAUGUUAUCAGGAGACCUGUAGUCACAGCUAUUACGUCCCUUGGUAUGGACCAUGUGAGCCAACUUGGUCCAUCCAUUGAGAAUAUUGCUUGGCACAAGUCGGGAAUAUUCAAACCUGGAGCAGCUGCGUUCUCAGUCAUUCAGGAAGCUCACGCUGAUAAGGUAUUGCGGCAGCGAGCACUGGACAGAGGUGUGGAUCUGCACUUUAUCCAGAGCGAUUCCUCUCUGCCUAAGCAGGAGAUGAACCUGAAGCCCGAUGUCCAACGGCUGAACUGCUCCUUAGCUUCAGCCGUGGCACGUUCCUUUCUGGAUCAAAGAGCUCCCAGCGAUAGUCCACAGUUUGGCUCGACCGAUGUACUUAAUGGCAUACAUCAAUUCUCCUGGCCGGGUCGAUUCCAGACCAUCAUUCAGGGUGUCAAUCAGUGGUAUCUAGACGGAGCGCAUAACGAGAUGAGUGUGACAAAGGCAGCAGACUGGUUUAUUGAAACACCAGGAACCCAAAGGCCGCCUCGCCCUCGAAUUUUGAUCUUCAGCCAGGUCAGCAAACAGAGGGAUGCAACAGCUGUGCUCGAAAGCUUGGCGACUUCAUUCAAGCCCGGUGAAAUCCAUUACGCCAUCUUCCCAACGUACGACCCUCGUCAAGAUCUUGACUCGAUGACUGAUCUAAAACCUGAAGCAUCAAUAAUAUCUGAGCAAAGGAGUUUUUCAACCAUCUGGAAGAAGAUACACCCAGCUUCAAAGGUCAUAAGUGCACCAACUGUGACGCUGGCUCUUGACGCAGCGAGAGACAUUGGGAAGAUGAACAGUGGCAUGCAGACUCUCAUUACUGGAAGUCAGCACCUAGUUGGAGAGGCCCUUUUCGUUUUAAAGCGUGCUGUUUGAUCAUAGUAAUUUGUCGAAACCUCUUCUAGACACACAACAUUGUGUUGCGUUAAACUACCAGCAAGACAGGGAAUUAU